CCAGAACCUCCCCACCGUCCAUCCCUCCCACUCAGGACUACAGUUCCCGGGAUGCCCCACGCGCCGCACCUGCACGCCCCCCUUGCCUCCCCGCGCGCGCACGCGCAGGAACACGAGCCUGGGCUGUGGACUCCGCGGCGAGCGUUGAGGAUGGAGGCCGGCGAGGCAGCGCCGCCGGCGGGGACGGGCGGCUGGGGCAAGUGGGUGCGGCUCAAUGUGGGGGGCACGGUGUUCCUGACCACCCGGCAGACGCUGUGCCGCGAGCAGAAGUCCUUCCUCAGCCGCCUGUGCCAGGGCGAUGAGCUGCAGUCGGACCGGGAUGAGACCGGGGCCUACCUCAUUGACCGCGACCCCACCUACUUCGGGCCCAUCCUCAACUUCCUCCGUCAUGGGAAGCUGGUGUUGGACAAGGACAUGGCCGAGGAGGGGGUCCUGGAGGAAGCAGAAUUCUACAACAUCGGCCCACUCAUCCGCAUCAUCAAAGACCGCAUGGAGGAGAAAGACUACACAGUGACCCAGGUGCCACCCAAGCACGUGUACCGCGUGCUGCAGUGCCAGGAGGAAGAGCUCACACAGAUGGUGUCCACUAUGUCUGACGGCUGGCGCUUUGAGCAGCUGGUGAACAUCGGCUCCUCCUACAACUACGGCAGUGAAGACCAGGCCGAGUUCUUGUGCGUGGUGUCCAAGGAACUGCACAGCUCCCCGCACGGGCUCAGCUCCGAGUCCAGCCGCAAAACCAUGAACGCAGAGGAGCCACUGGAGCAGCAACAGCAGCAGGAGGAGGAGGAGGAGGUGCAGGUGCAGGUGGAACGGGUGCAGGUGGAGGCAGAUACACAGGAGACAGCGCAGGCAUCUCAGGAUCCCGCUAACCUUCUCUCCCUCCCACCACCGCCUCCUCCGCUUGCCACUGGAGGUUCCCGUGUGCGCCCUCCCAGACCUGAGGCUGAGCUGGCCCUGAGGGCUUCUCCCUGGCCCCUCGCCCGCCCCCCGAGCUGCCGUCCCUGGUUUGUAGCUUGGCGGCGCUGGAGGGAGGGGGAAGCAAGGAGGGUGCUGGUCCCUUGGCUGGCUGUACCAGAGCGGACCUUGGGGCCCGUUUUCUGCUCCCUCCAAAGUUCCUCAGUGUACCUGGGCUGUGGGAGGGAGGCCCCACGAAGAGAGAGUUGAAGGGGCCAGGAGCUCUUUCCCACCUACCCAGAGCCAGGCUGGGGAGGAAGGGAGGGACUUGACACCAGAUGCCUUGGUCUCAUCCUGCUCAGCCAGGAGCUCCUAGGUUAUGGCCUUGUGUUCCCUGGUCCCGCAUUUCUGUAGGGCUGCUGGAGACUCCUGAUGCUAUGAGCAGUCAGCUGGGACUGGCUGAGGAUGGGAGGGGGGGCAGCAGAAAAGUCCUGGCUAGGUGCCCUCCUGCCACUCCCUCCCCAUCCUGUCUUCCUGCUGUGUGACCUCUGGCAAGUCACCUCCCGACUCUGGGCUGCAACUGAGCCUAAAGCAGGAGCAGACAGCAUUUGUCUGAGGCUCCUUUGCCAGGGGCCACGGUGACCUGCCUCUCCUGGCACUGACCCCCCUGGACCAAGCUGUGGCAGAAUCUGGCCAGCCUAGACAGCCGCCUCUCAGCCGAGACAGGGCGCAGGGCCGCCCGGGAAGCUCAGCUGGGGUGUCCUUCCCUGCUUCCCUGCCUUCUCUGGGCCUCAGCCCCACACUGCCUCUGGAAGCGCACAUCGGUGACUCACUUGCCUCUCUCUCUCUCCCUCUCUCCCUCCACCCCUGCCUCCCUCCAUCUCAAUCUCUCUGUCCCUCCGGCCCUCACAUCACCCCCUCACCACCCCACCUCCCGGUGUUCUGGCCCUGCUUCCCUUCUCCCCCUCUUAUUUUGUAGCUGUUACCAGCCAGAGGCUCGUGGAUGUGAGGCCCCAGAGCGCCUGCAGGGACUUGGGGUUCCAAUCUGAAAUCUUUUAUUUUUGUAUCACGGGGUGGGCC